GCCUUGCACACAAGUGACAAGCAGUUCAAGAUCGCUGCGGUCACGGGGAAGACGGUUCUGGAGAGAACAAGGCGGCGUGCCCGUGAGGAGGAAGAAGAUGCAGGCUUAUCCUCGUAAGCAGUGAGGAAGAUGGGGAGGAAAAGAAGGAGGAAGAAUGAUUGCAAAGGAAGACGAAGUAGGAGAGCGGACGAAGAGGAAUGGAGCAAUCAGAGGCAAUGAGGUGAAAAUGAAGGCACGGAUAAGAAAAUGGGAUUUGAGAUGUGCAAAACGUUGGCCUGCAGAUGUGAGAGGGAAAAGAGGAGAAGAGUCAGCCUUCGUCGUGGGAAAACAUGUUGAACACAAUCACAUGCAUUCAAUGAUUUCAGGGGGCAAGGGUGCACCCAACAUGGUAGUACGUGGCCUCUUUGAGGGUGUUAAUGCUCAGUGCACCACAGGUAGUACUUGGCCCACCCCUCAAUUAAGUCCUUUUCACCAAUGUGACCUCAGUCAGCUCAAGUGCUCCAAUGUAGCGCCCCUCCUUGUCCCUAUUUAAUGUUGAAAGGAGCCGCCACAAGUAAAACUUUUAAGCAAGAGUGAGUGGGUGAAAUUUUGUCUUAAAGGGUGCAUAUGUCCUGGGACUUGAAAAAAAAAUACACAAAUAAAUUUUAUGUUUUGGUAUUCUUGUUUUACUAUUAUAGACAACACCAAAAUGAAGUUGGUUAUUUCCCUUUUAAGUGGAAGCACGUAUGCAAGGAACAUGCAUUUCUGGGACGAGCGACAGAGGCCUUUGCACCCCUUGAAAUUUGCCGAAUCUUCUUGGCUGUAGCCAAGUAGCGCGGCGGUCGAAGCUGCAACACAAAUUGGCAGGUUAUUGCAGGUGUGCCCUAAUGAAAUGGCCCGCCGCGCUUCCCAUUCGUCAAAAACGGAUGAAAAGUAAUCAUCCCCGAAGUCAUCUCAGCCCGACAAAAGGUGGGCAGGAAGUUGUCCUUUGUUCCCGGUGGGGAGGCGUGUGCACGCGCACAGGCUCGGAGUAAAAAAAAAAGGGAAAAAAAGAGCGAGGCGAAUGAGCUCGCGCGCCCCCGCCGCAUCCUUCGGCUUGCGUGCGCGCGCCCGCCUGUCGAGGCGAGAGGAGGAUACGGAAGAGCGCGCCAGAGAGUGAAGGCAUGGCCAGAUAGCGCGCGACAAAAGAGAGAGAGAGACGCCGAGGAAGAGCGCACCCGCUCCGACUCCCGAGGAGGAAGAAGAAGAAGACGACGAGUCGCCAUCGUGUCUCUUGCGAAGAUGAGGAGGCUCGAGGAGGCGGGAAUCUGAACUCGUUUGCCAUCCGCGCGCCCGCGCUCCAGCCGGUCCAGCCAGAUGGAGGCAAAUGCAGCGGACAAACGCCAUCGAACCAGAUCCAAAGGAAUGCGUGCUGUCGUGGAGGCCGUGACGCAGGAACUCUUCAGCUGUCCGACGGCGGGCUGCGAUGGUUCCGGUCACGUCAGCGGAAAGUACGCGAGACACCGCAGCGUGUACGGAUGCCCGCUGGCCAAGAAGAGGAAGGUGCUCGAAAAGCAGCCGCUGGAGCCGCCCGUCAAGCGGAGACCCUUCAGCGGCGCCUGCCUGGGCGAGGACGAUGAGGAGGGCGAUGAGUUAGAGGACAACUUGGAAGACGAAGAUGCCAACUACAACGAGGCCGUCUUAGAGGAGAGGGAGCGAGGAGAAGUCAUGGAGGAGGACGAGGAAGGAGGCAAGAAGGCUGAUGAAGAAGAAGAGGAAGAGGAGGACGAGGAGGAAGAGGAGUUCUCUGAUGACAUGGAGGAGGAAGAAGAGGAGCAGCCCGAAGAGGAUGCUGCCACGCUGGCAUCAGGAUGCGACCAGAUGGAGGAGCUCAGUCAUCAGCAGGUUGACUACCAACCAAGUGGACAAUCAAAGCUUAUUCCGCUCCAUAAGGAUGAUAACAACAACCACAGCUGCAUCACAGGUUCCGGUCCAGGUUCUGGCCUUUGCCCUGGCUCCGGUCCUGGUCUCGGUCUCGGUCCCUGCGAUGAGUUUGACAACUACGACGAGCUAGUGGCUAAGUCUCUCCUCAACCUGGGCAAGAUCGCGGAAGAUGCAGCCUAUCAGGCCCUGACAGAGUCAGAGAUGAACAGCAACUCCUCCAACAGCGGCGGUGAGGACGACGACGAGGAGAACGACGAGGACGAAGACGGCAGCGAGCGCGGCGACAGGAAGGCCGACCUCAGCGUGGACCUGGACAGCGAUGUGGUCAGGGAGACGGUGGACUCGCUCAAGCUGCUGGCGCAGGGGCACGGCGCCAUGCUGCCCGACGACGGAUUCCCCGACAUCGGCCUCAACGGGCAGCCUGGCCUCGGCGGCAACGGCGGCCACGCCGAGGGGAGCGAGGAAGAAGUGUGUCUCAGUAGUCUGGAGUGUCUGAGGAACCAGUGCUUCGACCUGGCCCGCAAACUCAGCGAGACGCACCCGGCCAAUCGCCCGCAGCACCACCACCACCACCACCACCAACUGCAUAACCACGCUGACCAGCAGGGGGAGCUGCACCUCAGCAGGUACGACGCCUGCCAGCCGGGUUGUCAGGACGACGGCGGCCCACCGGAGCGCAGCUUCUCUGACAUGGUGAACCUGCUGAAGCUGGAGGAGCAGCUGAGCCCGGCGUCGCGCGGUUACCCCGCCGGCUGCGGUCAGGAGUGCGACGAGGACACCACGUCGGUGGCCUCAGAGCGGUCUGACGACACUUUCGACAUGGCCAAGGGGAACCUCUCGCUGCUGGAGAAAGCCAUCGCGCUGGAGUCGAAACGCGCCAAAGUCAUGAGGGACCGCCUGGUCCCGGAGCACAAGCACUCCAGACGGGACCACCGCCACCAUCGUCAUCACCACCAUCACUAUCACCACCUCGGACACGGGGAGCACAGGACGGCUGCGGGCGAGGAGCGCAAGUCCAGGAUGCACCACGACGCAUUGAAGAGGGCCUUCUACCCCAAAGAGUCUUCACGGGGGGAGAAGAAGGAAAGCAAGUGCCCGACGCCGGGCUGUGACGGCACGGGUCACGUGACGGGUCUGUACCCGCACCACCGCAGCCUGUCCGGCUGUCCUCAUAAAGACCGCGUCCCCCCUGAGAUCCUUGCCAUGUAUGAGAAUGUUUUAAAGUGCCCGACCCCCGGCUGCUCCGGAAGGGGUCAUGUCAAUAGCAACAGGAACUCGCACCGCAGUCUGUCGGGUUGUCCCAUCGCGGCGGCUGAGAAGAUGGCGAAGGUGCAUGAGAAGAGUCACGUGAUGGACAGCGGCAGCAGCAAGUCUAAUCAGACGUCCGACCGCGUCCUCAGGCCCAUGUGCUUCGUGAAGCAGCUGGAGAUUCCUCAGUAUGGCUACAAGAACAACGUGCCCACCAGCACGCCGCGCUCCAACCUUGCCAAGGAGCUAGAGAAGUACUCCAAGACCAGCUAUGACUAUAGCGGGUACGACGGCCAGCACGGGGGCUACGGCAAGAGGGGCACGCUGGGCAAAUCCCACCACAGCCGGGAUACCUCCCCCAAGGCAUAUGAUGCCAAGCGUUACAGCAAGACAUCCAGCCCGACUAGCAGCACCACCAGCAGCUACGCUCCUAGCAGCAGCAGCAGCAGCAGCCUGAGCUGCGGCGGGGGCGGUGCUGGCGACCUGGGCGGCGGCGGCGGUGGCAGCAGCGCCAGCAGCACCUGCAGCAAAAGCAGUUUCGACUACACGCAUGACAUGGAGGCAGCGCACAUGGCUGCCACCGCCAUCCUCAACCUGUCCACCAGGUGUCGAGAGCUCCCGCACGCCAUGGGAGGAAAAACGCACGGCAUGAUGAUGCAGAGCGCAGCGGGUGACCUGGACGAGGAGGACGGCGACGGCGGCGUGGAUGCUGGCGGGCAACCCGGCGGGCCGGAGGGCAGCGGCACGGUGCUGACGCCGCUGCAGCCCAUGUCCCCCCAGCGCCAGGCCCUCCUCAACAGCCACCGCUACCAGCUCAGCCAGACCGACUGCUGGGACCUCCCGCUGGACUACACCAAGAUCAAACGCGUGGACGAGCACCAGCACAAGGAGAGCGAUGAGCUGGACGCUUUUCACGAGCUUCUGGACGAACAGCACUACCCGGCCGAGGCCAGCGCCGUGCCCAGCCCUAAACAUCACAAGUACUCGCCCUGCAAGGAGCCCAAAAAGGAGAGCCUCACGCUGUCCAGUUGCCAGCUAGCCGACAAGAACCUCAGAGGAAUGAUCGCCUCCAACGCGCAAGAGCUCAGGUGUCCCACGCCCGGUUGUGACGGAUCGGGACACAUCACGGGAAACUACGCGUCCCACAGGAGCCUCUCCGGUUGUCCACGCGCCAAGAAGAGCGGCAUCAAAAUCCUCCACAGCAAAGAAGACAAAGACGAGCAGGAGCCCAUCAAGUGUCCAGUGCCAGGCUGUGACGGACAAGGUCACGUGACAGGCAAGUACGCCUCCCACCGCAGUGCAUCAGGAUGCCCUCUAGCGGCCAAACGGCAGAAGGACAGCUACGUGAACGGCACCCAGUUGGCCUGGAAGUCAGGCAAGACGGACGGCAUGACGUGUCCCACGCCAGGCUGCGACGGCUCGGGCCACGUCAGCGGAAGCUUCCUGACCCACCGGAGUCUCUCCGGUUGUCCCCGGGCCUCCUCGGCCAUGAAGAAGGCCAGGAUGAGCGGUGCGGAGAUGCUGACAAUCAAGCAGAGAGCCAGCAAAGGCAUCGAAAACGAUGAGGAAAUCAAACAGCUGGAUGAAGAAAUCAAAGAUAUCAACGAGUCCAACAAUCAAGUGGAGUCGGAUAUGAUUAAGCUGAGGACGCAAAUCACCACGAUGGAGACCAGCCUGAAGUCCAUGGAGGAGGAGAACAAAGCGAUGGAGCAACAGAACGAUUCGCUGCUGCACGAGCUGGCCAACCUCAGCCAUUCGCUCAUCAACAGCCUGGCCAACAUCCAGCUGCCGCACAUGGAGCCGAUGAACGAGCAGAACUUUGACACGUACGUGAGCACUCUGACGGACAUGUACACCCACCAGGACCAGUAUCAGAGCCCGGAGAACAAGGCGCUGCUGGAGAACAUCCGACAGGCCGUGCAGGGCAUCCACGUGUAGCCCCACCCACAACAACACAAGCAAGCAAGCAAACAAAGCAGGUUAUUUUAUUCUUUUUAAUUUAUAGGUUUGUUUUGCUGCUGCUGUAAGCUGCCGUCACGUUCACGCUGUCACCACUUUUUAGUGAUUUAUUUAUUUUUUAAUCACCUCACUUGAUUUGGAUCCAACAUCCGACUUUUGUACAUUUUCAUACGACCUGAUAUAAUGUGACAUACAGCUGCUAAUGUAUUUAUCUAUUUAUUGAAUGAUUGAUUGAUUCGUAGAUGGUCAACGUGAAGCGCAAUCAAAGCAAGAGGGGGGGGGGAGUUCAAACAACAUCACACGGAAAUUUCCAAGUGAACUAGUGUAGGAGACAAUCUGCCACUGGUUGAUUGAUCGAUUGAUCGAUUGAUUGGUUCAUGAGCCGCCUGGACGAGCUGGUAGGACAGCAAUAUUGGCAUGAUUUAUUCAGAUGCAAUCUAUAUUAAAAAAAAAGUUUCGGUAUAUGCAAUUUCCUAUGAAUUCAACAACCAUUGAUCACUGAUUGAUGUUUUUACCGGUUUUGUAUCCACUUCUACUACAAACACACAGCGACGCCUUUUUUCUUUUCCUCCAUCUUUUGAUGUGUUGCGUGUGCGUGUCGAUGGGGGACGUGGAAGCUGGAGGCAGCUGGCUAGAUUUACAGGGUCUCACACACACACACACCUCGUUGUACAUUUGCACUCAUCGUCCACUCAGCAGACUUUUUCCUGACAUGCAUGCACUUUAUUGGGGCCCGUCUGAACACUCCAAGCAAAAAAAAAAAAAGAAGAAGAAGAAAAAAAAAACAGUGUUGACUUGUGCAUCCAAAAGCAGACGUCGGAUUGAUAUGUGCUAGUGGAAUUCGCUGGUGGUCGGAAUUAUUCACGGAGUCCCUACACAAGCGAACGACUACAGUGGUGUCUUGAGAUGCAAGUUUGAUUUGUUCCUGGACCACACUCAGUACUCGAAACAUCCAUCCAUCCAUUUUCUGAUCCGCUUAUCCUCCCCCACUCUGAACCGGUUGCCAGCCAAUCGCAGGGCACACGGACGAACGACUAUCUGCACUCACACUCGCAUCUAGGGACAAUUUCGAGUGUUCAAUCAGCCUGCCAUGCAUGUUUUUGGAAUGUGGGAGAAAACCGGAUUACCCGGAGAAAACCCACGCAGGCCCGGGGAGUAUUUGCAAACUCCACACAGGAGGGUCAGAGCCAGGAUCGAACCCUGCACCUCUGCAUUGUGAGGCCGACACGCUAACCAGUCAUCCACCGGGCCAAUUCGAAACAAUCCAACUCCAAAUUUAUUUUUUUUUGGCCGUUGAAAGGAAUACCAUGAAUCUCUUCCAUCCUCUUCCUCCAAAAACAACAGAGAUUGUUGUCAUGUGAAUUUUC